GGAACGCCUAUCCAGGCUCACUCCGCUGAUGCAGUCGGGACAGGGACAACACUUUGUCAUUGACUGAAAACAACAAGCAAGAUGUCUUACAGACCAGCUCCACAUUCUUCUUAUAAGAAGAUGUUUGGAGGGGAUAGAGUCACCUCCAGGACCACCUACUCCAGCCGCCAGUUCCCCAGUCAGGUGCGCUCCUCCCGCUUGUCCUACAGUCUCUCCUCAGCUCCCAACGUCUACGCAACGAAGACUCAGAGGCUCCGGAGCAGCGCGGCCAUGCCCCGGCUCGCCUCCGAGAACCUGGACUUCUCCCUGUCCGACGCCAUCAACAGCGAGUUCAUGACCAACCGCACCAACGAGAAGGCGCAGAUGCAGUCGCUCAACGACCGCUUCGCCAGCUACAUCGAGAAGGUCCGCUUCUUGGAGCAGCAGAACAAGAUCCUGCUGGCGGAGCUGGAGCAGCUGCGGGGCAAGGGCACGUCCCGGGUCGGAGAUCUGUACGAGGACGAGAUGCGGGAGCUGCGGCGUCAGGUGGACCAGCUGACUAACGAGAGGGCCCGGGUGGAAGUUCACCGGGAUAACCUGGCGGACGACAUCGACCGACUGAGGGAGAAGUUGCAGGAUGAGAUAUCCCAGCGGGAAGAUGCAGAGAACAACAUGCAGAGCUUUAGACAGGAUGUGGACAAUGCUGCUCUCGCCAGACUGGACCUGGAGCGGAAGGUGGAGUCACUGCAGGAUGAAAUCAACUUCCUCAAGAAACUGCAUGAUGAGGAAAUGCUGGAACUGCAGAACCAGAUGCAGAUGCAGCAGCAGCAUGUGCAGGUGGACAUGGAGGUAGCCAAACCUGACCUGACAGCUGCUCUGAGGGACGUCCGUCUGCAGUAUGAGAACCUGGCCUCCAAAAACAUCCAGGAGUCUGAAGAUUGGUACAAAUCCAAGUUUGCUGACCUCACUGAUGCUGCAGCCAGGAACAAUGAUGCCUUGAGAGUUGCCAAGCAAGAGGCCAAUGACUAUAGGCGCCAAGUUCAGGCACUCACUUGUGAGGUGGAUGCCCUUAAAGGAACUAACGAGUCUAUGGAGCGCCAGAUGAGAGAGAUGGAGGAGAACUUCUCCCUGGAAACAGGCGGUUACCAGGACACCGUCGGGCGUCUGGAGGAAGACAUUCACAACAUGAAGGACGAGAUGGCCCGUCACCUGCGAGAGUACCAAGACCUCCUAAAUGUCAAGAUGGCCCUGGACAUUGAGAUUGCCACCUACAGGAAGCUGCUGGAAGGAGAGGAGAGCAGAAUCUCCACUCCUCUGCCAAACUUCUCAUCCCUGAACCUGAGAGAAACGAUGAUUGAUUCCAAACCUCAUGUUGAAACCUCAACAACUAAGAAGGUUCUCAUCAAGACCAUCGAGACCAGGGAUGGUCAGGUGAUCAACGAGUCAACCCAGAACCACGACGACAUGGAGUAAUAAUGGCUCUGUCUUUGCCAAACAACCAACUAAAGCAAUAAAAUGACACACAAUUCACUGGGGCUUCAAGCAAACAAACAAACCAACAACACAAAAAAACAAACUGCUUCUAAAAGUGCCUUUGUAUGUGGUGAUUCAAUAAGCCUGUUAGCUGACACACAGACUGUUUUUCGCUUUCUCUACUCUGCUGAAAGUAUUCUCUUUGUCACCUGUGUUUAGACGCAAUAAUGAAAUCAGCACAACAUAGAAAUCCUUAUUAAGGUUUAAAAAUAUCUUUCUUUGUAACCAAAGUAGUCUUUUUGAUCAAUACAGCAUGCACACUCCAGGAAAUGCGUAUGCUAAAGAUGUCACAAUUGCCUGUAUACAGCAAUAAACCAUUAAGACUGCAAAUCAAA